AUGGCGACACAUCUCCCUAUUGAUUAUCAACAGCUAAGCAAUGCUCUUCAGACCUUCUUUCAAGAACAUCCAGAGGUGGAUGGCAAUGUUGGAAUUGAAGCUUAUGCCCUUCUUCAACGGGCACAACACGGUUUUACUCAGUAUGCAACGGACUUACAGGAGGUAGAGAGGGAGGCUGGAAAUGCAAGGGAGAUGUUUGAGCGAGACCUAGCCGCUGCCAGGGGCCACCGAGUUGCUAUUGAAGUGGUUGCCCCUGAUGAAGAACCAAUUGGUGGUGAUGAUGCCCCACCCGCGCCUCCAAUACCACCCGUUGUGGCUACUACCCAGCGGUCGGAAAAGCUCCCAGAUCCUGAGGUGUUUAGGGGAGAUCGCGAUCGAGAAAGAUUACACCUAUUCAAACAACAGAUGAGGAUCAAACUAUUAGGAAAUGCCGACCACUUUCCCACAAUACAGUCCAAGUUAUCCUACGCAUUCAGUCGAUUGGAGGGUGUUGCCGCUAAUCAGUUCUUACAAUAUGUCGGAGAAGAAGGCAUCGCUUUGCCUUCCAUGUUGCGGUUUUAUGAAAUCUUAGAUACUGCGUUCGGGGAUCCUGAUCGAAUGCGCAUGGCUAGGAGAAACCUUAGGAACAUCCGCCAACGGAAUCGAACCUUUGCUGAUUAUUUUGCCAAAUUUCAACGUUAUGCUGCCGAGUCAGGGAUGGAUGAAGUCUCUCGGAUUGAGGCUUUGAUGGAGGGUAUUAAUGUAGAACUCGACGAAUCAAUGAUACACCAUGAGACCCCUGCGACGGUAGACCCAUGUGAGACGCUCUUGCAACGGUUGGAUAAUCGCCGUCGGGCGGCAGAAGCUAAGCGAGGAAGUAAAAAGCCUUGGAAUACUACUGCUGCUCCGACCCUACGUCCCCCACCAAUGAAUCCUGCCCCGGCUCCCCGUGUUGUUGCCCCGACAGCCAAUGUACCUGCUCUUGAAAACCAUCCCUCGUUCCGCCCGGGAGGUGAUGUACCGACGGAUCUGUCCGGGGGACGUCGUCGCCCCACCCCUACCGAAAGAAAUGCCCGCUUAGCUGAGGGCCGAUGUUUCUAUUGUGGAGGAGUCGGCCACAUGGUUAGAGAUUGCCCUCAAGCAAGGGCAACUGGAAACCAACCAAGGAGACCGGUGAUGAGAGGAGCGGCAUUGAGAGUAGAGGAAAAUGAUGGAAGUGAUAACGAGUCGGCAAAAGAUUUGUCCCUGCACUAA